CUAAUUUUAGCAAAGAAAUGGUUUAUGAUAGAAUCCAUCUCACAAUUCUUAUUAUUCCUACUAGUCCAUUUUUUGGGUAUCGAAGCAUGCCAAAUGGAAUUAGUAUUUCUAAGAAUGAAUCCGUUAGUGCAUUACGUACUGAAAUUUGGAAUAACUACUUAACUGAAUAUGGAAAUGCUUCUUUUAAUCUUCAUGCGGUUGAUGUUGAACGUAAAGAAUAUGUGUAUAUAGAACCUGAAAAAAAAGUUAGUGAUUAUUUCAAUAGCAGACCUCCUGCUGAAAUCACGAUUCAUAUUCUCGUAGAAGAAGCAUAG